AUGGCGACAUUCGCAUCUGACAUAUCAUUGGAAUUAUUUGAAUUGGUCGUGAAGCACAGUGCGGCAUUUCCAUUUAUUUUAAGUGCAGACCUAAACGAUUGUGUGAUAUCUACGCUUGCUACGGAGAGUCAUUUACGUGCCCUAUGGCUUCCAAUCGCUACGUUUCAUGAAUCGGGUAGCAUACAGAGUGUUGUGGAUAUAAUUAAACAUCAGAAAUAUUAUCCGGAAUGUCUUAGAGAUCGCAAUAUCGUCAAUCAAGUCCUGAUAGGAUUGCGGCUUCUUAUAUGUUACACAUACGUCGAUGGCGGGAUAUUGCAAUUAUUGACAGCACGUACCGAUGACUUCAGCGGCUUAGAUAAUGGUGAUAGCCUAAUAGUAUUUCUGUUAAGAUUAACAAGACAGGCUGCUGAAAUGCUGUCUGACUUAAGUGAUAGCGUUGUUUAUUCAGAUCAUCAUACAUCAUCAGACUCUAGUCAGAACAGUAUCAGUAAAGUGUAUAAUACAGAAGAAUCAAAAGGACAAGAGAUAAAAAUGCCCCUAACUGAACAGAACAAGAAUGAAUCGGAUAAGCAGGACAAGCUUGAUAAACAAGAUAAGGAUGAACAGUGUCAUUGCGAAUUAAUGCCAGACGAUAUGCCUGCUUCAAACUUAUCUCUUAUGGAGACUAUUGAUCUAAAAGCAGAUUUAUUAAGUUUAGUGUCGUGCAAUAUAUUACUAAUAAGAAGACUAUUUCGAUACGUGUAUGAAGAUCGAGAGUCCAAUGUAUCAAAAAGACAUUUUAAAAACAUAUUUGAAGAGGAUGAGACAAUCGAUGAUACACUUCCGUCACAAAAAAGAUCCAUGCUACUAGCAUUUAUUGAGUCUUUGUUGGAACUCACCUCAGCACUCGAUCGAUUAGAUGGACACAUUAGUAAGCAAUUAGGUGGGACAACAAUACUACAUAUUUCACAACCGCCAAAAAGGGGUCAGAUGGCUCAGAUAGAGAGACUGCGUGAACUUGUACUAAGUAUGUUUAGAUUAUUAUUACAAAUGGUCAUAACAGAGCGACGAUCUAUUGGGCAAGGAACGUCAGUCUGUUCUCGACAUUUGUCCGAAUAUGCUGGAAGACAUAUCAUCCAGCAUUUAAUUAAUUUCACGUUCGAUGCGCCUGAAAACUUUCUGAGCGGACUAAUACUUAUGUGUGAUCUAUUGCCUAACCUGCGAGAAUUGGCUACAAGUGGAGAUCGCGGUCAUGAGAUGUCUGUGAAUUUGGCAUCCGAAUCGCGACGUGCUAAUCUGAAUGAUUUUACUGCAAAUGACGGAACGGCCGAUUUGUUGAAUGCUUUUGCAGUGAGAGAAUAUUGGACUAAACAAUUACUGCCUUUGAGUGAUGAUAUAAUGAAUUUGGUUAGAUGUAUGGCUCCAUCUAGUUCCAAGAUAAUUCAUCUAAAACUCAGAACAGUUUGCUGUCAACUCGUCGAUUUAGACGUCAACGAUGCUGGUCUGGGAAGAGCGAUAGUUGAUGUGAUGGCCUGUGGCGUACGAGAAGCGGCAAUUACACUCAGAUCAUCUUUGAACAGGUUAGAAUCGAAACGUCAUAAUACAUCAAACAAUGAUGAUAAUGAACUUGACAAUAUGGAAGAUGUAUCAAUUUCGAUGCCCGAAAUGGAAAAAGAUGAAUCUAUAUUCUGUCGAUGGCUUAGCCUUCUUAAUGCCACAGUCAAUGUUCCGUGUGGAAGACUGUGCAUGCUUGAUGUGUUGAAUAAUAGGUUAGAUGAUGCCAUGGAAGUAGAUAAUGCUUUUAAGGAAAGAAAACAGAAUUCCGAUGAUAGUUUACUUAAUAUAUUAUUUGACGUUGUCCGCAGCCAUAGUGUUUCCCAGGUGGUAGGCGAUCUUAUCAUGGAGUUUAUAUAUGAUAUAUGUGAUCAUACCUUGACGAUGUACCAUAGUAAUAUGUUUGGCGUUGAUGAAAUGUCAUACAUUUUAGAGAAUUUACUGGAAUGGGUGGUGCAAGACAGCGGACAUCUGCAGAUUCGUUCUCUGCAAAUAUUGCAGAAGUUUACGGAGAUAGAAAUGGGUUUAAUGUUGAUUCUAUCGUAUGAGAGUCAUCGACAGUCUGUCAGUAGCCUACUCACAUGGGUUCCCGAGAUAUUACGUUCUAAUGAUUUGAGGCUGGAAGAUUUAAAUAUUUGCCUUCAUUCCGCACUGUUUAUACAACGGAUAAUCGAUAAUGCCCCAGAUUUAGCUACUGAUGAUAUGACGGGUAGUGAGACUAUUAAUGACACUAUUAAUGAUGGUAAUGAUUGCAAUGUCGGAUGCUUAAUUUUGUUGCUGGAUUCAAUUGAUGAUGUAGAAACUCUCCUCAAGUCAUACGAGAACAUUGAGCAACGCGUUCUUGAACUGCCAUACGAGCCUCGUCACUCUGAUGAAGUAUAUGAGGUAAAUACUUGCCAAGAAGUUGCAUCAGUUCUUCGUCGAUUGAGAGAGAGUAUGCACGCAUAUUUACUCGAACUGAAGGAAUCUGGCAAUAAGCAUCAAUUACUCGAUAUAAUUGAAGUAUAUAACUCACACUUUGUCCAAUUGAUCGAAUCCAAUAAGAAAGAAUCCAACGACGUUGGUGAUGUCAGAUAUAGACCGAGUAAGAUUUCUUUCUUCUUGCAACAAAGCAUGCGAAAAUUUAUAGAUUAUAUAACUAUUCGCGAUACUAAUGAACUGGUAUCUAAUUUCGACGUUUUAGAUGCAUUACGUAGAACCAUGUUUUAUGACGUGGCUGAUGACGCAGAGAACAAAGGUGGUGACGGAGGUAUAUUCGGCACAUCAGAUAUCGAAAUAGACUUUGAAGCAUAUGCUAAGGAAAUGUUGCCUAAUUUCCAUUAUCACAAAGGAAUGAGGAUGUCAGAAGGCAAUGCUAACAAAGGUGAUAAGUUGCUAAGAACACGUGGCACUGUCAGUAAACUAGGCGGAAUUGCGUAUGAAAGUAAUGCUCGCCGGAAUUUAGGUGGUGGCAAGACAUAUCAGAAGAAUGAGUUUAGAAGUAUUCACAAUAAUAGAAAGGCAAAUACUAGUCGUCCUCCAUCAGUUCAUGUGGAUGAUUUCAUCUCUGGUAAGAUCCCAGCUAACCAGCAACAUCCAGAUAUGCUAACUGGAAAUGUAACGAUAUCAACGCCUUCAUCAGCAGCAUCUCUUCAACAGAAGAAAGUUACUCCGACGACUCGAAUACAAGCUCUGAAACGAGGUGGAAUUAUCCCAACUUCUACUCAGCCGGUACAGACAAGCGUCAGCAUCAGAGGAGGAAGAGGAAGGCGUCUUAGUACUAGUUCAGCGCCUACAGCCCGUGGUGUAUCACGCGGUGCCAGUAAUGCUGGACGUGGCGGUGGUGUGGUUGGCAGAGGCGGUAAUGCUGGCGCAACUAUAGUAGGACCAUGGGACAUGGGAAACGGAGCGUGGGCCGCAGGAGGCCCACCAACUAUUACACCUAUGCUAAUGCCCCCUCCCAUACCCCGAUAUCUGGAUGUUGAUAGGAGGAUGGAGGGAAGAGAAUACGCUCGUUAUGACAAUCAGAGUAUGCGCACGGGAUACUAUGAUAAUCAGUACUACGGCAUGCCAAUGGCUCCAUAUGAACGUCCUCCAGUGCAGGCAUCACAACCCGGAAUGGCUCCUCGCAUUAAAGCGGGAAAUGAUACAAGAGGACGGAGCAUUCCUGAAUGGCCGCCGCGUUCUAUUCCAUCGCAACCAGCACGUCGACCUGAGCGUCCGUUUAUCAGGAGAGGAUAA